AUGGCGCAGCGCGUGACCGUGCGCCACGACGCCACCCAGGCCAGCCCCGCGGCGCUGGUCGCGGCCCUCAACGGGGCCAUGCUCGACGCCAGCCUCUCGCCGCCGCGCACCCAGGCGACGGUGGGCCGCGCCGGCGGCCCCUUGGGCGCGCUGGCCGCUGGGUUGGGCGCUGCGGCGCGGGGA